ACAGAGUGGGCGAAGAUGGCGUCGAGUAAGAAGAGUGGGAAUAGUAGAAUUGACAAAGGUGUAAAUGGAAGACGGUCUUCUAAACACAAAGAGGGGCCAGUGGUCCCAGCUGCUGACACUGACAAGACCCACCUGAUCAGAGAGGAGACAGACCAGGACAGUGCCUUGAACUCGGAUGCCGUGAUGGACACUAAGGCAGUGUUUGCGGCCCUGUACAGCGUGUGUGAGGAGAAUGCAGCGUUCUUCUCAGGAGGAGCGAAGGGGGCCCAGGGCGACACAGCGCGGCGGCUAGUGGACUCCAUGACUCUCAUUCAGGAGCAUGCUCGCAGUCUGGAGCCUGUUAUCACCGGCUUCGCUGCCAUCUAUCACCACUUUGACUUUGACCCGCACAUACCUGCUAACGGCUAUCGCUCCCUGGUCAAGGUGGUGCGUUGCUGCCUUCUCCACAUCAUCCACAAGGGGCGCUACAUUGCGGCCAACCGGCGUAGCAUCUUCUUCCGGGCAGCGCACAAUGCCGGGGAGAUGGAGGCGUACUGCAGUGCCCUGUGCCAGCUGCGUGCCCUGCUUUAUCUGGCCCAGCGCCUGCUACAUGACAACAGCCACGGAAACCUCUUUUUUCAGGAGGAAAGUGGCCUCAGCCAGAGCUUCAUCCGUGAAUACUCCUCCAUGCACAAAGGCUGCUUCUACGGCCGCUGCCUGGGCUUUCAGUUCACUCCAGCCAUCCGGCCUUGUCUCCAGACCAUUGCCAUCGGCCUCGUGGCCUUUGGAGACAACUACAGACGCCAUCAGUCAGGAAUAGUGGAGGCAGGAAAUAUUGCACCAUAUGGUGUUGCAGCCAGCUCUUUCUUUACCUCAGGCAAGUAUGCCAUCGAUCCAGAGCUGAGGGGGGCUGAGUUUGAACGCAUCACCCAGAACCUGGACGUCCAUUUCUGGAAGACUUUCUGGAAUAUUACUGAGACAGAGGUCCUGUCGAGUCUUGCCAGUAUGACAUCAACCACAGUCAAGGUGAACCGUGCUCUCUCUGUGCCCCCCAUGCCCUUCGACCUUCCCGUGGUAGCCAACCCCAAAACAACUGUAACCAUUGCGCCGCCGUCAGCACAUAUUGGCAUUGCCCCCAUUCAGAUGAGGCUCAUUUCUCACGAAUUACGUGAAGGACAGGACAGUGAGGCUCUGCUGUCUCUCUCCCGCUCAGAGGGCGGCGCCAUCUCUCUUUCACUGGGGCUAAAAACCAAGCGCAGCCCCUCAUCUCCCUGCCUUGUGGUCCACUUCCAUGGAGGAGGCUUUGUGGCACAGACGUCCAAGUCCCAUGAGCCCUAUCUGAAGAGUUGGUCCCAGGAACUUGGUGUCCCCAUCCUGUCAGUGGACUACUCCCUGGCCCCCGAGGCCCCUUUCCCCAGGGCCCUGGAGGAGUGUUUCUACGCGUACUGCUGGGCUCUCAGGAACCACCAUCUACUGGGUUGGACCGGGGAGAAAGUGUGUCUAGUUGGCGACAGCGCGGGAGGCAACUUGUGUGUGACGACAUCGAUGCGCGCCGCUGCUCACGGUGUGCGAAUGCCAGAUGGUAUCGUGGCAGCCUACCCAGCUACCCUGCUCACCGCCUACGCCUCACCCUCCCGCCUGCUUACUCUUAUGGAUCCCCUGCUGCCACUCAGUGUGCUCUCCAGGUGUCUCAGCGCCUACGCAGGCACUGAGCCGCAGACAGAGAAACAGGUGGAGAAGGUGAGCACACUGAGCAUGGUGAGGAGAGACACAGCACUGCUGCUCCGAGAUUUCCGACAGGGAGCCUCCAACUGGAUCCACUCUCUGCUGGACCCCAACAGAGCUUCAGCGACCACCAACACAGAUGCCGAGGUUCCAGCAGCACCCACUGACGGGGUGAGGAAGAGCAUAUCAGAGGCAUCCAUCUCUUCUCCUCACUCAGAUCCUCCUGUGCCCCCACAGCCCUCAGACUUCUCCACCAGGAGAGUAUCUCUUAAAAGCCAGACUUGCCAGGACCUGCUGGCCCACAACAGUCCCUCUACCCGCAGUGCACCACUGCUCACCGAGUGCACUCCAGAAGACGUGAGUUUCUUCCUCUCCAAGGAACAAGAUGACUCCAUAUCCAGCGCCCUGUCUUCAGUGGCCAUACCACCCCCUGCUGGCCGGGAGGGGUCAGAGCUGGAGCACCCCAGGGAGUACCCUCUAGGGUUUGAGCCUCUGCGCUCGGAGCAGCUGGCUGAGAUGAGGUUGCAGAGUUCUCCUGUGGUCAGGGACCCCUACUGCUCGCCACUGCUGGCCCCUGAUAGCAUGCUGAAAGGGCUGCCACCUGUACACAUAGUGGCUUGUGCAUUGGACCCCAUGCUGGAUGACUCGGUGAUGUUUGCCAAGCGUUUGAGGAACGUGGACCAGCCUGUCACUUUAUGCGUGGUGGACGACCUCCCCCAUGGCUUUCUCAGCCUAUCACAGCUCUCCAGGGAGACGAGAGAAGCUGCCAAUGUCUGUGUGGAGCGAAUCCGUUGUGUCUUUACCCAGGAGGACACGCCUCCGGAGCCACGCAAACACCGCAAGCUGGAACGGACCGAUAGGGGUGUUGCUGUCUCUUCUGGGGAAACCAGUUCUCUCUUCAUCGCUCCUGAUGAGGGAGAGGAGCGAGCUGUUGGAAUAGGGGCUAAAAUUGCAGAUGGGGAGGGCUUAGUUUCUGUGGCAUCACAGAACAACACAGAUGUCGGUGGUAUAGGGGCUUAAAUGGGGUUAGAUAGAAUAGAGGACUGCUGCUCAUCCAAGGAGUGAAGAGAGAAAGAGUAAAUGAAAGUCAGACAGAUUUAGGCAAUGCAAAGCCUAAGAGAGAGAGGGAGAGUUCAGAAAAGCAGGAGGAGGGAGAAUUGAAGGAAGCUGGGAGAUUGCCCAGUUUUUGAGAUACAGAACAAAAUAGAAGGGGAGCACUGAGAUGCAACUUCCUCUGCUUUUGAAUUCUCUUGUUACUUGACUUUGCACCACGGUGCACUGCUGCAAACCUCUGGCUGACAGACAAAACAAAUACACCCACAAAAGACGGUCAUAUUUCAGAAUAGGAUGGUGAUUUAGGAGCCGCUUUGAUCAAAGACCAGCACUCACCCACACAAACCCACACACACAACACACAUACUUAACAUCUUUGCCAUUGGGCGGCAGGGGCUCGGACAUAAAGCAGUGCAGAAGGUUCUUGAGACGACGUCUGAAUGGGUGAUUCAUGUAGGCCAAGGCAACCAUUUGAGUCCCUAAUCAGAUAGUGGUAGGCACACUAUAGGCUUCUCUAUAGAGCCAUCCCCAUCUAAAUGGCCACUUGUCCUUUAGGGAGCCAUUCUAAAUCACACUUAAUAACUCCACAUUGUGUUCUCUAUUACGCUGGUUUGGCAGUCAAUGCAGCUCACUUUGUGGAUCGUAACUCUGUUGACUCUCCCAAAUAGAAUUGCAAAGCUAAAAGACAGCAGACUUAAAUGCUCUAAACAGGAUGGAUUGAUUUGCUCCUUCCUUAAAAAUCCAUUGCAUUUGUUAAUCAUAUUAUUAAUCCAAUGCUUUAGUAUUACUUUAAUGUUGUUGUUUUUUUUCUAAUGUAUUAUAACCUCCAAUUCAUCAUUAUAGCUUUUCUUUGUUGAUUUAUGUAUUAUGUUGUUUGGUAUAUGUCAUCAAUUGUUGCUUAUUCCACAUUUUUGAAUGUGCUAAAUAUUUAACUCUGCUUCUCUAGCGACUGCUGCUCUGCCAUCCUUUGCCUUCACAAUUAGGUUCAUAUUCCGCUUUCAGAGUAUUUCACAGGGACGCAGUGCCCUGUCUAGAUGCUGCUGAGGUUUUUGUAGUGUUGACAUUACUAAUGCAAAAGAUUGCAUUUUAUUGAUUGUUAUAGUGCAACUUUUUUGGAGAUGCACUGAGAUGCACUACUUUCUGAAUACAGGGACACACUUGGAAAAUCACAGCUCUGAAAAAAGACAGGCUUUUUUUUGGUUUAAGACUAAAAGUGAGUGCUUGUUUAGAGAUAGAAGCAACAAGAUCUACAGUCCUUAACUAUCAAUAUGUGUUCUAAUUCACUGCACUGAUUUCCUCCCAAGUAGCCACGCUUACCCUCACCAAGUUUUAUUCCUUCCCUACCCAAUAUAUAGUGCGUCAAUUCACCAUUUCUCUUGAGCCAGGGGACUUCCUGUCUGAAUACCUGCUUCUACAAAUGAGGUUUUUAGAAAAGCCACAGGCCCUAGACCAAGAAAAGGGAUUGUAAGAGCACUGUGUAAAAGGCACUGAACUUGUAUUUGGCCAAGUACAAGUGGCUGAUCGCCCAAAGUGAGCAGAAUUUUUGCUGCUUGCUGUUGCAUUAGGGGUCGACUUUGUCUUUGAUGACCUCAGGGCACUCUGCCUAGCUUGUUGUCAUUGAAUCACUUUGAAGUUAAGGAAAAUGUCCUUUGGAGGGUCAGUCCCUCUAUCAAGUCCAACUAAAUAUAGAUGCCAACAAUGCUGGCGCUGUCGUGCCCUUGCCUGGUAGCAGGGCUGGGUUGCCAGGUCUGUAGAGAGGGAUGCUGUGUGAUGAAUAGGAUUUAGCUGAAGCUCUGAGUGCGAAAUCCCCCCGUAGAAGAGCAGGAUUUUCAGCAGGAAAGUCAUGCUACAGGAUUAGACCAUGCUCAGUUCUGUCAGCUUGGAGUACUUACUGCAAUAUUUUUAGUCAGAUUGAUAGAGAGAACCAGGGCCGUGAAGAGGAGCAAAGUAAUACACUCAUCCUCUUGGAGAUGCUGGGUUAAAGUUUGUGCUUGCAUUACUGGUUGCUGUUAAUGCUCACUCUGCACUUUUGCUGUAGUUCGUCUGUUGAUCCGAGCAAGUCUAUUUUAGACUUGCAGUUGUGUAGAUACAUGUCACUUUUUCGGUGCUCGGUUGCUGAAUUUGCUGCUCAAGCUAAGUCUGCGUGUGUGCAGUCACAUGACUGUAAAUUGUGGUGUGUGUGAAGCCACCAACCCAGGUUAGAAACAUGAGCUCACAUGUGCACAUCAUUGUGUGUGGCAUGCAUUUACAUAAAGACAGGACAGCGGUUUUCAGGUAAGAGACUGUUGGUGCUGUCAGUCUUGUGUUGUUGCAUUGCAAGCUGUUUGACAUUCAUGGCUCUAAUGGACAGCAGUAACCUGGAUGAAGUGUACAGGCUUGACUUGUGCAUCAGUACUGCAGAUGCCACCUGUGCACCUGUACCUGCAGGGCUGCUGGGUCAUCAGCUUUCUGAAUAAAGCUUAUAUGGACUAGCACAACUCUUGACUUUUAAAGUGUUGCCCAUACAAUAUGUUUAACUCUUUUUGCGUAGUUGUGGCUUGAGUUAGUAAUUGUAUGAAUUGCUGUAGACGUUACAUUGUGUCAAAUGUGAACAUUGCAGUUUAACUACCGUAAGCCUCUUGCCCUUGAUGUCCGCUGCAAAAAGCUAACUCAAGUGCAGUUGAUGAUCUAAAGAGCCCAUCUGGUGUUUUGGACAGAUGAGGCAUCCUACACUGCUGCUGUCAUUAAUCUGCACACCGUCAGUGUUGCAAUUAAGGUUUAACCUCCACAUUCCUUGCAUUUGAGGUUUUGCCACUGCUUAUGCUGCCUACAAUUUGAGCUGUGAUGAUUUUACUCAGCAUUAUUUAGCGCAAUUAGCGUUGUCUCAUACAAUGUGUAUGUGUUGAUGAUACACAGAGCAGUUUUAUAAUCACAAAUCAUUGUCACACAUUGUCCUUGUAAGUAAAAAUGGUUGCAGUGGUUCAGUGUAAUAUUGUCUUUUGGUUGUGUAAUUAUCAGGUUGUAGAGCAUACCUCUACCUUUUUCCUCAGUGAAAGCUUUUCCCUCAAGAGACUUUCUUGGCCCCAGGCUGAUUUCAGUGAAGUGCAAUGUGAUAAACCCAACUGCAAACAUAAGAGCUUGCAGCUUCAAUGAUUAGGUCAAGAUACACAGCUAUGCAGUUAUAUACCAGCAUAAGUUCACUUUGUGAUGACUUUGCUUCUUCUGACAGAUAUUCAGCAGACAUUUACUGUGGUCAAAUGUGUUUGAAUCACUUGAGUUGAGACUUUAUUGUUAGCAUACCAAGUCAUAUGCUAUGCCAAUAAGUUUUUAAAUAGACUGGAUAAGAUUCCACAAAAUAUGAUCCUGUCACAAUCACACCACUGCGUUCAACUGAUCCUGACAGCUUCUCAUAAACGCUUCCUAAUGACAGCUCACUUGAUUCACCAGUUAACCUGCAAAUACACUUCAGGUUUCAAACAGAAUCCAAAACUGCGCUCAGUCGUCGUAUAUCUAAUGCACUGUCCUCAUACUUUGAGCUAGAGCUGCUUCUAACACUUGUUUUCAUUUUCAGCUAAUGUCUUGAUUAUUUUCUUGAUUAAUUGACUAGUUUUUUUUAUCUGAAAAAGCGAAAAGUUCCCCACAGCUGAAGGCGAUGUCAUCAAAUGUCUUGUUUUGUCCCAACCAACAGUCCACAACCUAAAGAUAUUUAGUUUACAUAUUUACAUUUGAGAAGCUGGAAUAAGAGAAUUUGGAAAUCAUCUUCUUAAAAAUGACUCUAUAUGAUUAAUCAAUUAUCAAACUAGUUGGGGAUUAAUGUAAUAUUUGCGAACUAAUCAAUUAUUUGACUAAUCUUUGCAGCUCCUUAUCAAGCCAUUUGAUGUUUAAUUGUGUCAGUGAAAAUGCAGGUGGUGUUCAUUGUGAUAGCGUGUGUGUACUCCAUAUGCAAAUGUUAACACUGCAAAAUGCAGUUUUGAAGUAGAACUUGAUUUUACCUUGAAAAAAAAAAACAUGCAAGCCAUAGACUGGAAAAAAUUAAGUUUACUUUUUUUUUUAUUAUUAUUAUUUCCUUUUAUUAAAAAAAAACACCACAAGUGCAAACCUGUGAAUAAAAAUAAUGAAUGUAUAUUAAACAAUGACAUGAUUUCUGUAGAUAGUUUUUUUCUUUGAAAUCUGUUCAUCUGAUUGACAUGAUUUUGACCCCUGCAUUUUCUUUGCAGGAUAAAUUGAUGUGUCAGAUGCCACAAGUAGGCUGGUUUCUCUCCCUGUUGAUUUUUAUUGAAAUAAAUAUAUUCUCCCAUGAAUAA